CUCUGUUAGGAGUUAGUUUAUAAUGUUUUAAAUUAAUAGUAAAUGUAACACUUUGAAUAAACAUGUUUUUGUAAGCUAACUGUGUCUCCAUCACCAAUUCAUAAUCUCAUAUAUUUUUUAUGAUUUUUUUGUCUGAAUAAAAUGUUCUAACCGACCAAUUUUAGCUUGUGUUAAAAUGGGUAGGUAGGUAUACAGGUAGGUUGGGAAAAAAGAACAUUUUAAAAUGAUAUCGUAAAAUUUCGCAUAACACUUAAAUAAUAUUUUUACAGCAUUACUCUUCUGAAAACACUUCAGUUUUAGAGGUAAAGUUAUUCGAGUUAAAGUGUUAGGCAUAUUGUAGAAAUGAAGACCAAGAAUGGGUAUCUUAAAUAAUAUACUAUUAGUGACACUACUUGUAAGUAGUAAAGAAUCUUACAUUUUAGGGACAAAUACGAAAACAACUGAAACAAAUGCUACCAUUACAUCAAAAAAAGAAAUAAUACAUUUUGGCUUAGAUACCGCACAAACAGCGACUGUCGGAACAACACCAAUAAAAAAUAAUGAUCUUGAAACCAACUACAGAGCAUUUUCAAAAAACAAAACAGAUGAAGUUUUACCGGAAAACAUUAAAAAUAUAAUACCAACAACGGUAUCGCCACAAGUAGGGGCUCCUAAGCCUUACGAGUUAAUAGGUAGUGGAGUAAGAAGACGCAGGAGACAAACUAACUACAAAGACGAUGAUAGUGAUGACUCCGACAGUAGAGAAAAGAAAGAUUGGAAGAAAGAGUGGAAAGCACGUUGGCAGCAGAAAAAACUAAAAGCCCUUAACAGUACUACUACUACACCUAAAGGAGGUGUCAUGAACAUGGUAGCAGCCCGGCCAUGGGGCAAGCCCUGCAGCGACCCGAAAGCUGGCGCUGGUCAGGAAGGGACCUGCACGCUGCCGGUGGAGUGUGACAAAGAGUUCCGGCUCUACCGAGCAGACUACGACUGUGGUAUGACCGGGUUCGUCUGUUGUAACAUCCUGCCCGCCGAGUACGACAUGUACCAGGCCAUAGACCCCUCUUUUGAAACCUCCAUCGAACGAGAAGCCUCAUCAAGCGAAACGGAAGAAAGAAAAGGUAAGAAGAAGAAGAAAGAUGAUAAGAAAAAGAAAAAGAAAAUCCGCGCGAAACGCAAGAAGCGAAUCAAGAAAGCGAUCAGAAAGAUCGACAGGGCAAUCAAAAAGAUCGUGAAAAAACUGGAAAGGAACACCAAUAAAGAGAGAAGAUGGAAGACGAAGCAAUGGCAAGAGUUUGUGAAGCACUUGAAGAAAGAGUACAAGAAGGAGAAGAAACAGGUGGUGGCGCAUCACAGCGACCAGAUGAAACAGAUAGACGCUGAGCUUAUGCUGCGACUGAAACAGAUGGCGUUGUUAAACAAGAAGUUUGCGGAAAACAAGGCUUUUAGGGACAUGAUAGUCACGGGUCACCUGAAUGACAGGGGUGUUCGCAUGCUGAUUGAGGAAUACCCUGACAUGGAGCCGAUGCUGAGGAGCAGUGCGAGGCGGGGUGGAGGAGACGUCGGCCACCAAGAAUACGAUCUGACUAAUGAGUACGGACUACUCUAUUACUGAUUAAUAAAGGUGUUGAUGAAACCAUGGGUUUCUGUUCCAUCACGUUCCAAUAUAGUACAUAAGUGUACCUUACUGUAAAUAGGCGCUUUUCUUAAAGAAAUAAGCUGUUACUUUUAUGAAAUUAUUCCUCAGAUAAUCCUCCAUCAGUCAUGCAUCCAAAGAAAUAUAUUUCAGAGGGAACUUGAUGGAUUAAGACGAAUAUCCCUGGAAUCUAUGUAGGUAAGAAUAAUAAGAUGUAGGUACUUACCUAAGAAAGUCAGGACUACAAUCAUUUUGAGUUUGUGCUUUCUGCGAGUUUGGGAUUUAUAUGAUAAAUAAAUAAGUAGGUAUGUCUAUUAAUCAUUUUAUUUGUAUGUAGGUGCUUUCGAAACUUCAAGGCUUUUAUACCCACCUCUUUAUCUGGAUAAGAAAGGCCGAGGAGAAAGUGAAGUUUUGCGUUUAUUUCUAGAGACCUAUGUCCAACGGUGGCCUAUAAGAAACAUAAAGACCAAUCUAAAAGUUGUUGUAGUUAGUUUCCUACCUAGGUAUAUUAGCAAUAAGCGAGAGUUAUAAUGUUUAACUUUGUCAAUUCCCUCUGAAACUAACAGUUAACAAUCCUCAUAACAUACAGUCGUGUAUCAUGUCAGCAUAGUUCAGAGAUAAGCACCAUUCUGCAAUAUAAAGUGGCUGUCCUAUAGUUUAUAAUCCUUAGAGAGAGAAAUAGUCAUAUGUGAAUGUCGUUUUGUAGAUUAAACUUCAUGAGUCGGUGUAUGGUAGACACAGAUAAUGAAAUGAACCUUUUUAACCCUCCGCAAGCCCUCCGCUGAUAUAAUAUGGGUGUUAUAAGAUUGUCGAGUGGGUGGAAUCAGUGGAAUUAAAACGUCCGGAUGAGAAUUUGUUCAUGUCUUUCAUCAUAGGUACUAAGUAAGUAUGCUUACACAAAAAUUGGUAGGUUAUAAGUACCUAAAGAGUCUUCUCCACAGGCGACGAAAACCAUUUAAAAUUUGAUCAAGAUAUUUUCGUUUUUCCAAAAGGACGCCACUGCUUUGGGAGAGGCCUACGUCCAGCGGUGGACUGCUAUAGGCUGAUGAUGAUGAUAAUGAUUUUCGUUUUUACUUGAUAGUAUCCUGAUGUGCUGUUAAAUGUACUUCAAUAUUGUAGGCGGCCUCAUUAAGCCAGUCUUCCAUAUAUAGAAGUAAUUUGGUGCUAUCGUCAUUGGAACUUUUUCAUUGCUUGUGAGACCGCCCGUGAGCUCAGCUGGUGCUCCAUACUUACACAUCCUCAAGCGGGUACUAGCGGGUUGUCCACAGGCUUAUCUAUAUGCGGCUAAAGUUUCCUGUUUACAACGCCGGAUACUAUGAAAAUGUGUUUUUGUGGCGGAAACAGGAUAUAAGCUCAGUAGAGUUUAGUAGAUAAAAUCCUCCUACCUACGGUUGCACUUCUAUUGAAAACAUUAUUUCUAUGCACUUAAGUAAGUAUAUGAGUAACUUCCGGGGCUGAAAAUAUGCUUUUAAUGUAGAGUGCCUUGAUCAUACAGUUACUUAGUUUAUUUACUUCCAUGCCCUUGAUUGACCUAGAUAUUCUACACUGUAUGUUCCUAAUUCUCUGCGUUACGUUUAUAGGUGAACCAUCUACCCUGAAUACUGAAUACCUAUUAUGAUACGAACGACGAUCGAAUAUAAAUCCUAUUAUUCGUAGCACUUAAAACGAACUUUAGAUCAUUUUAAUUUCCGCAUAAGUACUAUCACGUCCCGAAUAUCCGAAUAUCGAUUUCCCGUUGUGGGCUAUAAACCGUAGCAUGGAAGCUAUUAUUCUGGAUUGCGAAACCAUAAUAUUAUCUACCUACCUACAGAAUCCUAUAAAAAUAUAGUUUCAAAAACCACGAAAAUAGGUAUGAACUUAUCUCAUAAUUUUAACGACUAUAAUUUAUAUGUGAAUUUACUAAUACCAUGGUAGACUAUAAAUGUUCACACUCUGUGUUCGUCUGCCACAGAAGAGAAGACCAUCACGAUUAAUCUAGAUGAUAACGAGAAGCCGUCCCUCAUUUUUGUCAUUUCCUUGUAUCAGAAGGCCUGUCACUAGGCACAAGAGACGGGAGCUUUUGUCACGUCGUGCUAGGCAUUCUGAUCUCCGUAUCUCAGCCACUGCACAUCAUGAAUUCAUGACCUAUGUUUGACUCAAGUACAUGAAACGACGACGAUACAGUGGAUUUCCUGUUUUUUAACUCUAGCAUACACGAUUCGCAUCAGGAUCGCAAUAGGAUUGCCUCGCAGAAUAGGCGCCAGAUUCACUCGAUGUCACGGGCAGCCGCGGCGCAAGGCUCGCAGGUUUAUAGCUUGGUGUUCAAUUAAAUUUGUUUUUUAUAUAUUUUUUAUGCUGCUCAUUUUAUUGGUCGUCGUUUUUAACGAGUUUCAGUAGUAAGUGGUGGCAUGGGAUUUACUUCACACGGGAAAUGUAGGCUGCUUGUCAAAAAUGCGACACGCUCGGCGUUUUAUGCAAAUUUUGAGGCGCAGAUUUAAAUUUAAUAAACUCAGUUUUGUUUUACCUGUAGGUUUAUUUUUGGUAAAUACAGCUUUUGAGAUGUCGGUCCAAUUAGGAAUUGCUCUGCAUCAGGUAUAUUGACUCGUGGAUGCAACGUUUACUAAUAACUCCAAAGCCAUGUAGGGGCAACAUUGAACAGCAUUACAUACCUAGCACGGGAACAAGAACACGUAGGCAUACGUUCUCGAGGAGCCUCAAUGUGUAAUGAGGCCGACAAAAAUCUUAA